AUGAGCCACGUCUUCUGCCCUCGCCUGCCGGCGCUGGCCGCCUCGCCCCUGCUCUACCUGUACGGCCCCGAGCGGCCUGGGCUGCCCCUGGCCUUCGCCCCUGCGGCCGCGCUGACCACGUCGGGCCGUGCCGAGCCCCCGCAGAAGCCGCCCUACAGCUACAUCGCGCUCAUUGCCAUGGCCAUCCAGGACGCGCCGGAGCAGCGGGUCACGCUCAACGGUAUCUACCAGUUCAUCAUGGACCGCUUCCCCUUCUAUCACGACAACCGGCAGGGCUGGCAGAACAGCAUCCGCCACAACCUCUCGCUCAACGACUGCUUCGUCAAGGUGCCGCGCGAGAAAGGCCGGCCAGGCAAGGGCAGCUACUGGACGCUGGACCCUCGCUGCCUGGACAUGUUCGAAAACGGCAACUACCGGCGCCGCAAGAGGAAGCCCAAGCCGGGCCCCGCCGCGCCUGAGACCAAGAGGGCCCGCGCUGAGUCACAGCCGGAGCCAGCGACCCGGGGAGCACGCCCCGGCCCUGCCACCCCCAACCCCGGGAAAGGGCCACCCGGGCGGCGUUCACCAGCCCCAGGCCGGCCGGCUCUGCCGCCGCCUCUUCCCUGGCCCAGGACCGGGUCCUCAGACGAGGAUGCCCGCGAUGUUGUCCAGGGCGCAGCGGCCGUGGUCGGGGGCCAGCCAGGGCGCACAGCGGAGAGCCCCGCGUGUCCGGCGCGCCCCGUCUCCCGCAGCUCUCCGAAAGGCGCCGUCAAGGCCAAGAGCUUCAGCAUAGACAGCAUCCUGGCGGGGAGGCCAAGCCCCGAGCCCGCUGCGGGGGACGAGCUUCCGGGGGCUUCCAAGUCGGGCCCAGGCGGAGGGGCAGCCGCCUCGCUGCUCACCAGCUCCCCGGGCCUCUGCCCGCCCUUCAGCGCCUCGCUGAUGCUCGACCCGCACGUGCAGGGUGGCUUCUACCAGCUCGGGAUCCCCUUUCUCUCCUAUGUCCCCCUGCAGCCCUCGGACGCAUUGUUUCACUUCCCGUGA